GCCAAAGCUCUUUAUUCUAUGGCCAAAGCAACCACACGCAAAUAUGGAUGUUACAGGUUCGGUAUAAUUCUAUUUGUUUCGUGUUAUCGACGUUAAGUAAUCGCUGAGUAUUGUGCGUCGUUAUAAGUAAGCAUGACAAGUCACAUAAGCGACGUAAAGCCGCUUCCUCAUCACGCAAGAAGAGAUGUUUGUGGCUCGAGGCCUGCCUACCGCCAAGGCAGAAAAGCCACUGCCGUGAAAGUGUUCACGAUCAACCAGGAGUCGUGUUAUCUGCUGAUAAGCAACGUCAACGCCGUUGGUGCCUGCGAGGAUCUGAAAGAUGCUUGCCUGGAGUAUGGCGACAUUGAUGAUUUUCAUGCUGUUGAUGGCUACGACACUGAAGAAUUUACCGAGACAUACCUGGUGAAGUUCGCCCGUGUACAGUCGGCAAGGAUAGCCAAGAAGAGGCUCGACGAGAGAUCUUUCUUCGGUGCUGUGUUGCACGUUUGUUAUGCACCCGAGUUCGAGACGCUUGACGAGACGCGCCAUAAGAUAAUCGACCGUUGCAAGUACGUCGCAUUUAAGACUGGGCAGCAUUUCAGGCCGGCUACAUCACGCGGUCGUAAGAGACCUAGUGAUGCCAAAGGCAGCAUUUUUCUGCCCGAGAAGCGCACCCCGAACGUUCCUGUGCCUCCACCGAUUUCUCACAUUUGGGCCGGUGGGGAGUACUCGUGGACACCUCGGGCCGCGCAGCUGGACAGCAGUGGCCUGCCCGUUUCGUUAUCGCCUUCAUGCGUGAAUCCGCUGUACAACGAUCAGCCACUGAGCUUCAGUGACAUCACGCGCCAGAGUGCUACCAGUAGCGACGAUCGGGUGUCUUUCGUACGCGAGGAUAAGUCGAGCAAAUCAAGUUCUGCUCAGCUCGUUACAGACGCUUACGACGAUCAGCCACUGAACUUCAGUGACAUCCCGCGCCAGAGUGCUGCCAGUAGCGAAGACCGGGUAUCUUUCGUACGCGAGGAUAAGUCGAGCAAAUCAAGUUCUGCUCAGCUCGUUACAGACGCUUACGAGAGGACCAUCUCAUUGAUUCGAGACAAGGUUAAAGGAGUGGCGGUUCCAAACACGGAUGUACUCUUGAGGAAGCGAAAGCCUUGACUGUUCCCCACAGACGUAUGCUUGGUGUCUGCAGUAGAAAAAAGAACUGAUAGUGCACUUCAUGUCAGGGUGCCAAGCUGGAAUCCAACCUUGUGAAAUUGCCUUUUGAUAUAAAUCUUGUUUUCAAAAUGUCA